UGAAAAGAGUCUAGGCGGCACAUGUGAGUGCUCACUCUGUUCUUAUUCCAUCCAGGCAGCCCUCUUUGGCAGGCAGCACUCUUUUGGGACACUGACCCAGACUUUUUAACCCCUUCCAGCUUGAGCAGUCUUUUGGACAUUUUUAUCCCGACUACAUUUUUGAUAAUUUAGGGUGUUGCAGCCGAUUAUAAUCCCGCUUCAAAAGACCUGGAUCAGGGGACAGCAGAACUUUCUAUUUUCGCUUCCGAAAAACUUCCUCAGGACUUUUUGCUGGUGCCUUUGCCUCAGGAAUAUCAUACUCGCAAAAAUUUCGGAAAAAUCUUCCUAACUUGUUAAAAAUCUGCAUUUCAGAUUGAAAAAUCUCCAAAUUAUAAAAUGGAGCGAAUCGUAUCAUUCUCAGGACUACUCAUCGUUGUCAUCAUCUCAUUGUGUUUCACGAAAAGCGCGGACGCAAGUUGUGAGCGGCUGGUCGGUGGAUGCUGCAAGGGCCUUAACAGCUCCUCAUUAUGUAACGUGGCUAACGGGAUAACUAUGAAAGGACAGCGUGGCAAGUGCUACUGUGAUGAAUCGUGCCUAAAGACACAGGAUUGUUGUUCAGAUUAUAAGACUUUCUGUCAAGCCACCGACUGUGAAGUAGGAGAUUGGUCAAAAUGGGGUAGAUGCAGUCGAGAAUGUGGUGAAGGUGGAGAGUCAAAACGACAACGUUUAAUUAUCGUCAAAUCAUCAAAUGGUGGCAAAAAGUGCCCGGAAUUAGAAGAGACAAUGCCAUGUGUCGGAAGGAGCUGUCAUCAAAGGAGAGAUACCUUUGGAAGAGCUGUGAGAGAAACUGCAAGAAUCAUUCCUGCUCGAUUCGGCAGAUGGCGUACAAGCAAAAUGUAUGACGCCACACGGGGAAUCAGGAAAAAUCUUUGGUUUCAUUACAGCAAAAAUGAAAUAAUCACCAAGCCAUCAUACUUUGCCAACUACGAACUGGUCAGCACAAGGCGGGCAUGCGAAAAGAACAUUUACGGACCCUGGGCCGGAAACCUCAAGAAGGGACAGACGAUUUGCGUGGAGUGCCAAGUCACAGCAAUGCACCAGCGGUUGGGGGUCCGCUGCAAAGGUCACGGCGCCUAUGAACAAAUGACACGUUGGAACGCCAUGAAUGUGCCAGGAUGUCAUGGAAUGUGGGUGCAAAAAUCGCAACACAGAGCUGGAACCUGUCCAGUUUCCAGCGAAACGAGUUUCAUAUUUGUUUAAAAAUACUCAUGGACUUUUCAUAAACAUUUUAUCUAUCUGUUCAGAUGUUGGUUGAAAUGCCCUACUACAGGCUGUUUCUUUUCAUCUAGUCUCCUAAAAUGCUCAUUGUUUGAAUGAGAUUGACGAUGAGAAGUUAGUUUAUAGUGGGCAUUUCAACAUUCCCAGCUCAGAAAGUAGCUGGGAGAUUUUAGGUAAGAAAUAUGGUAGAAAGUUGCCUGAAAAUACAUUGGGUUUAUGGUAAAUUGUCAAUGUGACGUUUCUGUGCCAAAAAUUCAGAAGCUGGGGAACUGUAGGGGAAAGUUUGGCUGUUUAUAAUAGGUUGUUUCACCAGUUAGUUGUGGCUUGACCUUAGAGCUUUUUACUUGGCAUGAGAAGUACAUGUAACUCUGUGUGCUUGACGGUAAUAACUCUAAGCGUCCUUGAUGUUGAAAGGAAAGCUGCACUUUCAGGGAAAAGUCUGUUUUACAACGUGGUGAAAGCAUCUUUGGUGCUUUUGUGUGCUUUGACUGAGAAAAUCAGCCAAAACUUAUCUUCAGAAAUUGGGCCGAAAUAACGUGAAUCAGACAAUAUACAGACAAUGUUCUUCACUUUCUGUAAAUGAUCUGGAUUUUUCUUUUCCUUUGGUGCAAAAAGCAUAAAAUCUAGUUUUAAUUCCUUUUAAAAUCAUUUUAGUGUUUAAGAUAAAUCAUUUUAAUGCAUUUUAUAAUGGAAAAGAACAUGUAUGUACAUGUAGAGCAACCAUCAAUAAUUAUAUAUGGAAUUUUGUAACAUUAGAAAUUUUCAUAAAAAUAUGUAUUUAGGACUGAGAUUAUUAUUUAUAGCUAUUUUAUGUAUGUGUCAUAGGUCAUAUGCUCAUCACAAAAAUACACUUCUGCAAUCAAGCAUCUAUCAUCAAUACUAAUUCGCAUGUCAUUUUCACAAAUUUUAUGAACUUCAUCUAACACUUGGGCUUGUUUAUGAAGGGCUACACCUAACAAGUUCUACUGAUUGGUUAAACUGCAAGCAAAUGUCAUGUUAUCAUGACAAUGUCGCGAGUCGCAGUGUCAAAAAGUGCUUGUUUGCAGAACGCUUCAAUAUUUCAACGGACCCGGAUAUACCUUAUACUUUUUAACAUCACAAUGCAAACACAAAUAAUAUUUCUUAAAACCAUUUCAAUAUAAUUUAACUUGUAAAUUCAUGUAACUGUGAUCAGUAGUAUAAGAUCGUUUUUUUCUGCGAUCAGUGUUGUGGAGAUAAGAUCAAUGAAGAUGCAGUUGAAAGAGCCACAAUAAUUUAACAGAAGGACCAAUUAAGUAGUGUCUUAAAGUAAAAUGUGCUCUGGGGGAAGUUUCAUUUCUUUUUCAUGACAAUUCAAUUUCAUCCUCACAAUAUUUCGGGGUGAUAAUAUGUUCCCAUUUUUAAGGGUUUACGUUUGUGGUAAUUUAGGCAAUGUAUCAAAAUCAAAGAAUUAGUUUCUGCUGUCACUGUUUUUGGUUUUAGGGACUUUAAUCAGAAAGGAUUUUUAAAGGGUUUUAUUAAACUAGAGAAAUAGCUUUCUGGUGAUACAAAACCAAAUCCAUGUACAGUUGAUUACCACUUGAGAAACUGUAACCAGUUUGAUGUAACAUUGUUUAUCCGAUUCAGUACUAAAAAAGCAGAAGUCAGCCUUGGAAUAGUAAGGUCAACGGCAACAUUUCUUUCAAUGAGCCCAAUCUUUUAGAGGGCAGGGUUGAAUAUAAAAGUAGAGUAUCAGAAUAUUGAGUUUUACAAUACACAUAUAAUGUUAUGCACAUGUUCUAGUAAUAAAAAUGUAUA